CCCAAACUCCCAAUUUUUUUCAAAUCCGGAGUAUUCACAAAACCUUGAAUUUUCUCCAAAUCUAAGCCAAAUUCCUACAUCUACUGAAAUUCCCACGUCUGGAAAUAUCACCCGCAAUUUGUUCGGAGAUGUCCAACAAGCGAACAAAAAUCAGAAGAGCUCAAAAAAUGUGAGUUAGGGUGUGAAAGAAGAUAUAACACUUAUGUCUUCUUGGAUUUAUGCAAGCGAAGAUAGUGUGCGGGGUAAAAAUCAGGAGGGAGAUACAUUAUGGCUAAAUGUCCAUAAAUUGUAUCAUGAAUGCCAAACAGAAAAUCCAGAUGAAAUUAACAAAAGAAAUAUGGACUCUUUGAAGGGUCGAUAGAAACGACUUAACGGAAACGGCAACAAAUGGGUGGCUGCUUGCAGAGCUGCCAACGCCCGAAAGAGGAGCGGAAUGAGCGACCAGGAUGUUGAGAAGGAAGCUCAUAGCAUCUACAAAGGCGACGGAGGCAACGACUUUCAUGAUUUGGAUGGUAGCAACUCAAAGAGGACAAAGACUUUUGAAUCCGGCGAGUAUACUAUCCCUUCAAAUCCGGAAACUCCAACAUCUGGACAUUCAACUAGUUCUCGACCUAUAGGCAGAGACAAGGCAAAAAGAAAAGGAAAAGGCAAGGUAACACAAUCUGAUUCUAUUAAUGCACAAUGCGUUGCAGAUCUUCAUGCACUUAGGCUAGCUAAAGAUAAUGAGAACGAAAUAGCAAGGGCUCGACUGCAGCUAGAACGUGAAAAGCUGGAUAGGCCAUCUAUGAAGAUGUACCAAAAAAUGUUGCUUAAGUUGUUGGAGAAAGAGCACUUGUCCCCAGAAGAUCAAGACAUGAAACGCAACCUAACAGAGAUUCUGUUUGGAAAAUGAAUGCUUUUAGUUUGAGAUGAGUUUGGUGUGAGAAUAAGUUAUGUAAUAUUAGUUUGGUGUGAUCUUAGUUGUAGUAAUAUUUGUAUG